AUGAAGACUAACCACAAGUUCAAUAAUGGCGGGGAAUUGAGGGGUACUGUCGGCGGCGAGUACUACCAGUCGGGGCCAACUAUUUCAUUUCUAGACGCAUACAAAUCGCAUGACAUAAACCUAUGGGGAGUGACCGUCGAGAAUGAGUCCACACGAGGGACUCCAUCCAAGGGCUGCAACUGUCUGAACCUAACCGGCCUAUGGAACAGAAUUUUGUGAAAUUCAAUUUAGGGCCAACCCUUGCGAAGGCCGGGUAUGGGAAAGACAAACUUAAUCUAAUGGUAUUCGACGCAACCUCAGCUUUUGUCCAGAAGCUCGUACCGCCUAUCCUAGUGGACAGGGAGGCAGCGAAAUACGUGUCGGACAUCGCAUAUCACUAUUGCGGUGGAUAUCCGGACGGAUUUCCGACGGAAAUACAGCACAACUACAGAUAGAUAUGUUUCUAUUAAGCUCUGAGGCCUGUCCUCUCGAGGGACCAGAUUUACGGC